GUUGGCCCAAUCAUCUGUCAUCUUUCAAUUUUUUUUAAUUAAAACCCCACCAACCCAAAUAAAUCCCAAGAUCCAUAAAACAACUGCAAACUCACAUAAUUUCUUAGCUAAUUCAACUCUCCAUCUUAUAACCCGAAAAAUACCCUCUUUGAAAAAAAAUAAGAUGAGAAAUAUUUCAUUUAGUGAUGAAGAACAAAGUGAGUUAUUGCCAAAAACAGCCAGUUUGUGGUGGAGAACACCACAAGAUUUUGAUGAAAAUGGCCAUCUCAAAGUGGACAUUUCUGAUCUUUCAAAACUCACACCAAGGCUAAAAUUGCUAAGAGAAAUGGAAAGAUUGGCUUUUAUUUCAACUGAGGGACUUGAAGAUCUUAGACACAAGCUUAUUACUUACAGGUCAGGGGAUUUUUGGUUGCCAGUUGGAGGAAUAAAAAAAGAGGACAUGGAAAUAGCACCAGUGAUCACAAUUUUAUUAGUGGGGUUAUCUGCUUCUGGAAAAAGUUCACUUGUUAAUUACAUGUACAGUGUUCUUGGUCGAUCUGGUCUCAUACCUUUUGCUCAAACUUCAAGUGGGAAUUCACACUAUACAACCAUGUUCUUGGAAGAACACAAUGUGUUGAGAUCAAUGAGAAGUGGAUUUUGUGUGUAUGAUACGAGGGGCUUGGAUACUAACGAUAUGAUUGAAGGAUUAGAUGAAGUUUCAACAUGGAUGACACUUGGAGUUCGACAUAAUCAACCUUGUUUUAGACAUGGUGAUUAUGAUAAUAAUAAUAAUAAUAAUAAGCUUAUUAAUGGUGGAGGAACAAACACAAGAUACACUAAGAGGAAAGUUGAUUGUGCAAUAAUUGUGGCUGAUUUAUCUGAGAUUAGUAAGGCUUUAAACUCUGGAGAUUUAAAGCCCGUAGUGGCAUUGAAGAGCCUUUUCCACAAUCCUUCUAUAAGGAAAUCCAAUGAGAAUCCGUUGUUAAUCCUCACGCAUGGUGACACGAUUAGCACGGAGGAGCGGAUCAACAGCCGAUUGAAAAUAUGUGAACUUUUAGGGAUACCGGAGACGACUGGGGCUUACGAUAUAGCAUGUUUGUCUGAGCAGGGAAUAUUGCCAGAAGAAUCAGAUCCAGUAACAGCAUUUGCACUAACUGAAGCUGUGUAUAGGUCACUAAUGCAAUCUGAUAGAAAUCAUGAACCAAAGAAGAAAUUGAAGGAUUGCAUUGUGCUAUUUGUGACAUGGAUCAUGUCUUGCAUUGGUGCCUUCUUUGCAAUUCUUGCCAAUUUUUUCUCAAAAUUUAGUCAACAUCACAAUAAGAAACUUAAGUAUUAGAAGUAGUAGUCUAUAUAUAGGUCCAGUAGCGGAGCUACAUGUAACGAAAGGAAAAGAAGCUUGACUGAACAUUGUUCAUUGUAAAAUUGUACUGAGCGAAUAGGGUCGAUUGGAAAGUACUUUGCUUUUUGGUAAUUUCCUAUUAGAAUUUCUGGCUCCGUCACGAAUUAGGUCUGCUCAAGUCUCCCUCCAUUUUUGUUUUGUUUUGUUUUUGUUUUUCGGGCUGGUUAUAUUUUUGUAUUAUUAAUGCGUGUUGGUUGAAUUUGUUUUAAUGGCUAGCUAGCCAAAGUUGGUAUAAGGUCCCAUGAAUGGUUUUAAU